GUUGCUCCUCUAGUUCUCUCGCCGCUGCAAAUUCUUCCGUUACCAUCAGUUGGGAGAGAAAGAGGAAAAAACAACAGAGGGAGAGGAGAUAAAUCGGCAAAAAAAUGUCGAGCUGGACGAUCGCUUUCAAGCCAUUCCACAUCCCAGCAUUCAUCAACCUCCCAUUCCGUCAUCCCCAAUUCGCCAUCGGCGGUGUUUUUGUCGGCUCCACCGCCACCCUCUGCCGCUCUUCCCGCCGCGCUUCCUCUCCUUUCGCUUCCAUGUCCACCUUCACCCUCCCCUCCAAAAAAGAGGCUGUCAAGACCGAAAAGGCGCCGGCCGCUCUUGGCCCUUAUUCUCAAGCUAUCAAAGUCAACAACCUUGUGUUUGUUUCUGGGGUUUUAGGCCUCAUUCCAGAGACUGGGAAAUUCGUCUCCGAGGAUGUCGAGGGUCAGACGGAGCAGAUCCUCAAGAACAUGGGAGAGAUUCUGAAAGCUAGUGGCGGGGACUAUUCCUCAGUCGUCAAGACGACUAUCAUGUUGGCUGACUUGGGCGACUUCAAGAAAGUGAACGAGAUCUAUGCAAAAUACUUCCCUGCUCCAUUCCCAGCUCGAUCAACAUAUCAGGUAGCUGCAUUGCCCUUGAAUGCCAGGAUUGAAAUCGAGUGCAUUGCCGAACUUCCUCAGAAGAUCGAGGCUCAGCCUGUCUAGGUAAAAACAAACUUGAAUGUAUUCUUAGAAACUAGAACUGAACAAUAAGAGAGAACGGGGAGGGGUCUCAAUAGAUGACAAUUGAUCACUAGGCGUUUUCAGUUGCAACCCUCUUGAAUAUCUGUGGCCACGAAACUGUUGUCCAGUUUGUGUGAUUCAAUAGAGAGGGUGACCGUCCCUGUAAAAAAUUUAUGGUACUGCUACUGCACCCAGUGAGAGUUAAAUUUGUGAUGGAACAGCACUUGUUAUCCGCUGUUUCAUGUUUUUCACGUAUGAAUGAGAUUUCUAGGCGGUUUAAUCCGUGUCGGAUCAUGCAUUUGCAGUCGAAAACCUCCCACUGGUGUGCACGGUGCACGCUAACAAACCUGCAGUUUGUAGAUUGGAAGUGGGGAAAGCAAAAGAAUAACUUGGAGCUUCCUAUGGCUGAGGCUGAGGCUGUGGAGCGCUCUUGUGAUGGUGUUCCAGAUUAAGCAGCCAGUGGUCAUUUGUUGCGUCUGUUGUUUGAUGAUGAAUCGAUAUGGCAUGAAUGCAAUGCUUCUAUUCAACCAAUUGUACGAAUGAAGUUGGUAAGGAUCAACCUAAGAAAGAAUAAGCCUUUACAAGAAAAAAAUUGGUAGCCCUAUAACCCAAGAAAAAACGUUAGUGCAUCAAAUAGUAUUCGAAUUUCCUUCAAGGUGGCUUCUCCUAAGUCAUGGGUCGUCUCUUUCUCCCGAACGCGACAUAUCAAUGAUUGACAAUCACUAUGCAAAUUAACAACAAGAAAAUUAUGAGUUAGACACCAAUUAAUCGCAUCACAAA